AAUUAAUAGCGAAAAAUGAAUGAACAAUUUCUGAAUUGUAGAUUGUGCUCUAUAGAGUUCGAUUUAGUCAUCCACUUGCCAAGGUUGUUAAAUGAAUGCGGACACACUGUCUGUGAGAAGUGUAUAAAAUAAUAAGAAGGGCAUUUCAGAUGUCCUGCAGAUGAAACACUUUAUGAAUAUUCGAUCGAUGGCUUUCCUAUCAAUACAACCUUAUUUAAAUUGAUCUAAUUAAAAUAAAAACCAAAAUUGAAUGAUCUUUUUGAAACCCCUUAACUGAGUCUAUACAAGAAUAACUCAUCUUCCGACUCUACAAUUUCUAAAAAUAAAUUUUAAGAUUCUUAAUUAACUCCUAUCUCUUUAUAAAACACCAUCUCUGAAAGUUAAAAAUAAAGAGAUGAGAUAUUAUCGAAAAUCGAAAAUAAAUUUAAUGAUCUCAUUACAAGAUUAGAAGUCAGAAAAAUGGAGUUAUUUAGCCAGAUAGACAUGAAAUAUGAAUAAUCUCCAUUUUGUUUAUUACAAAUUGACUUUUAAUUUUAGAUGGAUGUGCUUGUACCAAGAUAUGGUAUUUUAAGAGAAGAAGUAUAUAAUGAUAUUCAGCUUAGUAAUUCACAAUAGAAAGAAUAAUUUCUUACAUUUUCUAAUAAAGAUUCAAUAGAUACAAAUAGAUAAAGAUCUCCUUAAAAAAAGAUAUUUGAGGAAUUGAAAUAAAUCUAAAUUCGUCCAGCAUUGUCUUAAGAAAAAAUGAAUGAAUUAAAAAAAAUCAUUAAAGCAAUGAAUAGAUCAGAGAAUCUUGAAACAAUUAACUUAAAGGCUAGAACUUUAACAGAUGAUGAUAUUAAAAUAUUCUCUGAAGCAUUGUCAAGAACAAUUUCAAAUAUAAGAGCACUAGUUUUAUCGAGAAAUGAAAUAACUGAUUAAGGAUUCUAGUAUCUCAUAGAUGCAUUGUGGACAAAUAACACGAUCAAAAUCUUGAAAUUGAAGAACAAUAAAUUAACAAAUGAAUCUUUGAAAUAUUUAAUCGAAAUCUAUGAAGAUUAGAAGUAUAAUUCAUUAUAAUAAAUUUACAUGCAAGGGAACUAAAUUAAUAAUGAUGAUCAAGUGCAGGCUUUGACAAAAUUGGGUUUAUUAAUAUAUAUAUGA